AUGAAGCUCCCGGGCCGCCGCCUCCUGGCCGUCGCAGCAGCCGCGUUGCUCGUGGCCACGUCGUUGCUGGCCGCCACCCUCCUCACCGCCUCGCCGCUGCAGUUGCUGCCGCUGCUGCCGUGCCUGCCCGCUGUCACAGCCCCCUCGGGCGCCGGGUACGAGCCGUCCGGCCUCGCCGCGCUCGCCGACGCCGCCGUGUACUACGCCACCACCCGGACCGUGCCGCAGCAGUCGCGCGCCGAGUUCGCGCUCUCCCUGGCCGUGCUCCGCCGCCGCGCGCCGCUGCGGCUGCUCGUGUUCGGCCUCGGCCACGACUCGCCGCUCUGGCACGCGCUCAACCCCGGCGGCGCCACCGUGUUCCUCGAGGAGGACCCGGAGUGGUACCGCGUGGUGCGCUCGCAGUCGCCGCACCUGCGCGCCCACCUGGUCCGCUACCGCACGCGCCUCGACCACGCCGACCUCCUCCUCGGCUCCUACAAGCAGUUCCCCUCGUGCGUCCCCGGCGCCGGCGGCGGCGCCGAGCCCGCCGUCCGCGCCAACGCCGCGUGCCCGCUCGCGCUGCACGACCUGCCGCCCGAGGUGUACGAGAACGAGUGGGACAUGCUCAUGGUGGACGCGCCCAAGGGGUACUUCCCCUCGGCGCCCGGGAGGAUGGCGGCGAUAUGGACGGCGGCCGCCAUGGCGCGCGCGAGGCGCGGCGAGGGGGACACCGACGUGUUCCUGCACGACGUCGACCGCAGGGUGGAGAGGAUGUUCGCCGAGGAGCUCCUCUGCGACAGGUUCCGGGUCGGAGGGACCGGCCGGCUCUGGCACUUCAGGAUCCCGCCGGUUUCACGGCGGGCCAACACCACCACGGCUGCCGGCGGUGGCGAGAGGCCUUUUUGCAGAUGAACAGGAAGUCAGGAACACACAGCGUGUCGUCGUCAAUGCCGUGGCAACACCAGAUCUAGGCAGCGACAUGAUCACAGGGCCGUACAGGAGAGGACCCAUGCACCAUC